UGUGUAUGAACAGAGCUUCUUGUGAUAUGUUUGCAUGUGCGCUGUGGGGAGAGAAAGAGGAGGAUUUGGGGCGCAGGAGAUCUCCGGUUUCCACAAACAAUAGUCGCCAGGACGCGAUGGUCGCCUUUUUUUGAAACCGCAGGGAAGUUUAGGACCCUCAUCGGCCCUAUUGUUGUUCUCACCGAGGCCACGUAGCUCUGUGGGUCGAUUUUAAACGUGGGAGGAAGGGUAUAGUCUUUGAAAUGUUUCCAGGGGGUGUAAACGAUCCGGAGAGGGAUGCGCAUGGAGGGAAUAACGCGUCCAGUUUGAAUGUAGGCCGGAGGUUUUGGGAUUUUCUCCCUGCUGAAGGACUGGUGGGAUUUUGACUGCGUUCAUUCAUUUACUGUGAGGGCGUCCUGUUUGGAAAAGGAAAGGAGAAAGAAAGGGAACGAGCAUUGGGAUCAUUUGGCAUCAGGACGCGAUCAGUGGGGCCUGGGAGUCUCCCAUUGUCCUUCCGAACUGCAACACCCUCCUUUUUUUUAUUUUGUAGGUCGCACAACUCUUUUAUAUUCGCCCUGAAUGCGCACAAUCGGAGUCACCUCAGGUUCCCCCUGCAGCGACUCUCCUACCCACCAUCCUCUCCCGCCCCUCUUCUCCUCCUCCUCUCUGAAGCCUCCCCCGCUCUCCCACCUCCCCUUCUCCUGCUCCCUGCGUAUCGACCUCCAAGAUAGAUUCCCUCAGGAGUAAAGUUGACCUGCUCAAGCUGCCCCUGGCUCUAACCACCAAGUCCAUCUCCGAGCGCAAGAGCCAGCUGGGAGGAGUCUGCGAGCAACGCGGCACGGCGGGAGGAGGAGGAGGCGGGGCUCGUAAAGCCCGCUCACCGCCGACCCGAGACAUGGACAACGAGUCGCAGUACUCGGGCUACUCAUACAAGUCCUCCCACUCAAGAAGCUCCCGCAAGCACAGGGAACGGAGGGAUCGUCAUCGCUCAAAGAGUCGAGACAGCAGCAGCCGGGGAGACAAAUCAGUCACAAUCCAGACUCCUGGAGAGCCGCUGCUGGAUGCAGAGUCGACCCGUGGAGAAGAAAGGGAUGAUAACUGGGGCGAGACCACCACAGUCGUCACCGGCACCUCAGAACACAGUAUCUCCAAUGAGGACCUGACCCGCGUCACCAAAGACUUGGAGGAGUCAACUCCUCUGGAGUGCAAACGUUUUGUCGGCCCGGCUCUCGGAGGCUGUUUGAGCUUCUUCGCUCUGGUCACCCCUCUGGCCUUCCUCAUCCUCCCUCAGGUCCUGUGGCGUGACGCCCUCGAGCCCUGCGGCACGCCCUGCGAAGGCCUCUACGUCUCUCUGGCCUUCAAACUCCUGGUCCUGCUCAUCUCCUCCUGGGCGCUGUUCCUCCGCCCCCCUCGUGCCACGCUCCCUCGUUUCUUUGUGUUUCGCUGCCUGCUGAUGGUGCUGGUGUUCCUGUUUGUGGCAUCGUACUGGUUAUUCUACGGCGUGCGGGUGCUGGAGCCCAGAGAGAGGGACUAUAGGGGGAUCGUGGAGUAUGCAGCCUCGUUGGUGGACGCCCUGCUCUUCAUUCAGUACCUGGCUCUGGUGCUGCUGGAGGUGCGACACCUGCAGCCAGCCUUUUGUCUCAAGGUGGUCCGGAGCACAGACGGAGCCAGCAAGUUCUACAAUGUUGGACACCUCAGUAUCCAGCGAGCAGCCGUCUGGGUGUUGGACCGUUAUUACAGUGACUUCCCCGUCUACAACCCGGCCCUGCUCAACCUGCCGAAGUCCAUCCUGUCCAAGAAGAUGACGGGCUUCAAGGUUUACUCUCUGGACGAAAACACCACCAAUAACUCCACAGGACAGUCUCGAGCCAUGAUAGCAGCCGCUGCCCGGAGGAGAGACAACUCCCACAAUGAGUUCUACUACGAGGAGGCCGAGAUGGACCGCAGGACCCGCAAACGCAAGGCCAGGUUGGUUGUGGCGGUGGAAGAAGCCUUCACACACAUCAAGCGUCUCCACGAAGAAGAAGUCGCCUCGUCCCCAAAACACCCGAGGGAGGUGAUGGAUCCUCGGGAGGCAGCUCAGGCUAUCUUCGCCCCGAUGGCCCGCGCCAUGCAGAAAUACCUGAGGACCACCAGGCAGCAGGCCUACCACAGCAUGGAGAGCAUCCUCACACAUCUGCAGUUCUGCAUCACACACAACAUGACGCCCAAGGCCUUCCUAGAGCGUUAUCUCUCCCCGGGCCCCACCAUGCAGUACCAGCAGCAGAACGGCAGAGGGCGCCAGUGGACUCUUGUGAGCGAGGAGCCAGUGACCUCGUCCCUGCGUCAAGGUCUGGUCUUCUCCUUGAGACGCCUUGACUUCUCCCUGGUGGUGACAGUGACGCCGCUCCCCUUCCUGCGGCUCGGAGAGGAGUUCAUCGACCCAAAGAGCCACAAGUUCGUCAUGAGGCUGCAGUCAGAGACCUCAGUGUAAAAAGUGGUGUCUUCUUCUCUUUCUCCGUGCUGUCCUCUCUUUGUGCUCACUCUGGCUGGAUCUGACUUGUGUGGCAGGACAUGCAGAGGCCACAUGGUCCUCUAAAACUCAGUAAAAUCUGUCUGUGACACAGAAACAGUCAGAGGGGAGGAGGUGUGAGGUCUCCUGCACAGACGUUUUCAAACUGUGAUCAGCUACGAUUGUCCAAACCUGGAUCGAACCGAUGCCUUCACUUUGUCCGUUAAUAUUUCUACGUCUUUACAACACAAUGUUAAAACAACAUUUUUCUAAAGACUCUUCUUCCUCUCUCUUUUUUUGCUGUAACCACUGGACGACUUUACUGUGCUGACUCGACACACAAACCCCGGAGGAGGGGGAUUACAUCACAUGUGCCACUUCCUCUUUCUGGUGUCUUAAAACAGACCUGAUCAGACUGCUACACUGAUGUACCACUGCCGCUCAGUUCCCUGUCAGUGUGAAGUGUUUCAGGUGUAAAGGGCGAUUUUAAAUUACAUGGUGUGACUUUUUUCUACUCACAGAAUGUAGCAUUAUGUGCUUUGCAUUAACACGUGGCUUUUCUGCGGCCUGAAGGCCGGAGCAUAUUUUUAUCUCACUGUAGAGAAACGUGGACGACCAUUCCCUGAGUUACUCUGCUCUUUUUAUACUCAUGAUUGUCAGAAUAUGCAGCUUCUCUUUUAUCCGACACACACACACACACACACACACACACACACACACACACACACACACACACACACACACACGAGGAAGAGUCUUCUCUCUGAUCCAGGUCCUUAAAACUUACUGUACCACUGAAACUGGCCUGAUGUUGAGACUUGAGCCCCUCACAACCUGACUCACUGUUCAUCUGAAUCCCUUUACAUGUCUGGAAAUACCCAAAGCAGCAGGCCUGACGUGUUUGAUAUUUCAUCUGAAAGGAGAUGUUUUUUAAAAUAAUGCAUGCUCGAGUUCUUUCAGGCUCACAAACGUUUUGUAAUAACUUGUUUUCUAUCAUUUUGAAGGUGCCUAAGUUAUGACGAUGCAAUUUUAUCCGAAUGUUUUUACUUUUGAGAACUAAGUGGCUUGUAAAAAAAUUGUAGAUUUGUCAUGUAUUUUUUCCGCUUUUGGUAACUGUAGCUUGUAUAGUGUGUUAGGCCUUUUUGCAUUAUUAAAACAUUUAUUCCUUAUA